AUGAAACCACGAUCCGAUGAGUCGAGCGUACCAGCACGCGAGAUCGCGCCUCUUCGCUCGCUCGAACGAUCGAGUGUUGAUCUUCACCAGCGAGAUGGCAUAGUUAUUCGAUCCUUCAACAUCAGUUUUCCCUAUCGAUGGACCUUAGUGGCGUUGCUGGCAGGAUUCCUGACGACGAUCGGCACCCUCACGGGUUCGUUGGCCGCUGACAGUUCUUCCUCAAAUUCAGCACCAGUGCUCGUCUCGCGUGAUGAACCCACGGCCCUGGCACUCGCUGCCUCCGGGCAGAAACAGUAUGGUGGCCAGCGAGGAAGCGGAUCGGGAAGACAGUGCGCCCUUUCCGAGCACACCUGCACCAACGGGCGGUGCAUUCCAUGGGACAAGUACUGCAAUAAUGUGAACGACUGUGGUGACGGAAGUGACGAGCCGCGCUUCUGCACACGCUGCAACCGUACGUACUACGGAUCGAUUGGGCUGACGUACAACCUGGAGCUGCACCGACCGAAGGAAGACCGGAUACCUUACGUGUGCAUCCUGACGUUCACGGCAGCCGGCGGCAACUACGGUGACAUCGUGCAGGUGACGCUCGACAGCUUCACUCUCGGUCGGUUCGUGUCAUACACGGAAAAUGGCUGCCCGGACGGAUAUCUGCAGGUGUCGGAGGCAAAACGGGCCAAUGUCGGGGGUAUGUGGUGCGGCACCACCUGGGGACCAGCGAUUUUCUACAGCGAAACCGAUUCGCUCGUCAUGACGAUCAAACUAUUCAAGCUCUCGCGUGACCAGAGCGGCUACAACUUCGACUUCCGGAUACAGUACAAAAUGCUAUCCCGAACGAGUGCGGUCGUGCGGUACGGUGGUCUCAGGCACGAAUACGUUCCACCAUGGACGAACGGCACGUACAUCCCGAACUACGCCUUGAUCGAAGAUUUCACCAACUCCACCGCACACUCCGAGCACCAGACGUACCAGGAGGUGAGCGGGACUUCCGGCCAACGCAAUCGGAUGGUGUCCAUUGGCGCCAACGAUCUGCCCUACCCGGGUCGAUCCUACGACAACGUGACACGCGGAAUCGGUCUACAGCGGGGUACAGGAUCUCCGUUCGGACACGAAGACCUUGGAGGACGAGGUGGCCAGCUGUUUGGGCGCCAAAACGGAACGACGGAUUGGAUGCCACUUGGACCUGGCGUACCACCCCGAGUACCUCUGAAUUACACCGAACCGCAGUACUACUUAGGCGACCUCAUGCAGGGAACGUUCUGCUCGCGUAUAUUCACCAACUGCGACAAGAAAGUGUGCCGGUUGCAGUCGCCCAACUUCCCAGGCAUCUACCCACGGAACCUCACGUGUUACUUCGCCGUUAGACAGCACGACGUCCCACCCGGUAAGCACGCCUUCAUCGUUAUCAGUCAACCGAAGGGCAACCUCAUAUGGAUAUCGACCGAAGCCUCAGCUGGAGCCGCUUCGAACGCCGCCCGGGACGAAAAAGAGAAGUACAAACCCCGUCUGCAGACCUGGAACGAGUGUGACAGCGUACAGGACAGCACGAAUCCGAAGUGGAAAUCAACGGACUACAUCACGGUGUACGAUGGGUACACGACGCGUGACCCGAUCAUCCUGAAGAUCUGUGGCGGUGGACAAGCGAUACCCCAGGCCAUCUCGAGUGGACCAGAGCUGUUAGUGGAGUUCACUACUUCACCGUACGGUACCUUCAACACACCGCAAACCAGCGGGCACUCUCUGCACGGAUUUCAACUUGAGGUCACGGUGCGAUUCGUGGACAUUCAAACGCCAACGUACGCGAAAAGCAAGCGCAUCUGCGAGUUCUGGCUUCGUGGAACCGGCCACGGUGUGUUGCAGAAUCCGCUCCACUCGCUAGCACCAAACACGACCUGUCUGUACCAUCUUCAGGGCACGGAAGCGCGAGCUCUUGACGCCAUCAACAUUCCACGUCGUUCGGGAGCACUAUCCACCUCACCGACACGGUUCAAGGUCUGGAUAUCGGUGAUGAAGUUCGAGCUGGCACCUGAGUUUGGUGCCACCGAGGAACAGAUGCUGCAGUACCAAACGAAGGAGGACUGCAGUGGUAUGCUGCGUAUAUGGGAUGGCCCUCUUCGAGAGGUGCCCGUUUGCAAGGACAUCGAUUGCCUCACUACCGACAAAGACGGAACGCAACGAAGCAGCAUAAGAUUUGGGGCGAACACGACGAACAUUAUUGCACGGUACUGCCGCGGAUCGGUGCCACGAUCCUGCGACCAUGGCAUCCUGAACGUGAGCAGCUCGCGUCCAUGUGCCCUUUCCGAGAGCUUUGUGUCGAGCAGCGAUUUCGUGACGCUGGAGCUGAAGACAUCCGACUCGACAGUGUUGCGACCGCUGCAGUUCGCCCUCCGGUACGAGUUUGUCGAUCUGUUGCAGGACGGAACGGCCAUCAGUGGAGAGAAUGAAUGCCACCGUCGGUUCGCCAGCAGCCAGAUGGAACGCAAAGGACCCCACCCGGUCAGGAGCGUACGAAACAUCUUCCUGUUUGGACGAGGGGGAGCGAAACAUCUACACUGCAUCUACCGCUUUGAGGCUCAAAGAGGAGAACGCGUUCGUAUCGAGAUCAACCGGGCCAUGACUGGUAACAGGACAUGUGAUUCCAGAGUCGACCCAGAUACAGGCCGCUCGUACUGCUUCGGCGACAGCACGGCACGAGUCGAGAUUUUCGAGAGACCGUGGCAUGAAUCGAUCCUGUUCCCACGUGGCUGCAUCUGUAACUCGACCAACAGCUCCUACCUGCCGAUCGUAUUCACGUCCACAGGUCGCGAGGUGGAGAUCCACUUCAGCGCAGCCAACAUGACCAACUGGGACGAUCCGGACGCUCUCAGCUUCGAGGCAUCGUACGAGUUCGUCAAGGGACCGAUGAUGUGCAAGGAUGUGCGGCGCAAGAACGCCAUCACCGGUGUGGUCACCUUGUCCUCGGGGGAUGUCGAAUGCCGCAACAGACCGUGGCUGAUCGAGCCGUCAUACGAUCGAUAUCUUUACCUACGCCUCAAGGGCCUGUUUCUGCGCAAAUUCAACCCAGCCAGCCCGUUGGCGUACAAUGCGAGCUUCAGUGCCGUUACACCGAUCCGUUGCUACACUAAAUCACGCGUUAUCAUCACAAACGGUGAAGGCGUGUCUGUGACCGCGUGUCCUCUACCCGAAGAGACCAGCCACCGACACGUGGUGGAGGUGUUCAGUGCCGGUUGGGGUCGCAAACAUCCUUUCUUCGGUGCCGAAGCAUCCCGUGUCGUGUCAGUGGAGUUUCUCAACCCAGACGACGGUGGACAUUACGCGUUCAGUUGGCUCGAGCUGACAAAGCGUCCUUCAGCUAGCUAUGCUCUCGUCCAGGAAGAAUGCCCGUACCUGUGUCCGGACCUAAACGCAUGCGUAAACGCCUCAAUUUGGUGCGAUGGCAUCGAACAGUGUCCGUCGGGCGAAGACGAAGCGUUCACGCACUGUUCCGCCCUGUUGAGGCUUCCAGCGGAGGUUCUAGCUGGUUUGAGUGUCCUGCUGCUAGUGCUAUGCUGCGGUCUCUUCGGUUACCUUUACAGGAAAAUCAAACGAAACUGCCGACGGACGAGCGUGUUGCAGACGCGCCUGAAAUCGCUCAGCUCAAUGGAUACGGCCGUGUUCGAGGAUAAGGAGGUGAUUUGCUGA